CUUUCUCGCGACCAUCGACCAUCAACGACACGCCUUCCUGUCACGACACCCUCCCUGGAGCAGGAUAAUUCAAGAUGGCGACCGAGUUGACCGUCCAGUCGGAGCGCGCUUUCCAGAAGCAGCCUCACAUCUUCCAGAACUCCAAGGUCAAGGCCAAGAGCGCCCGGCCUGGCAAGGGUGGACGACGAUGGUACAAGGAUGUCGGUCUGGGUUUCCGUACCCCCAAGACCGCCAUUGAGGGCAGCUACAUUGACAAGAAGUGCCCCUUCACCGGCCUCGUCUCGAUCCGCGGCCGUAUCCUGACCGGCACCGUCGUUUCCACCAAGAUGCACCGCACCGUCAUCAUCCGAAGAGAAUACCUCCACUUCAUCCCCAAGUACUCUCGUUAUGAGAAGCGCCACAAGAACCUCGCCGCCCACGUCUCCCCCGCUUUCCGUGUCGAGGAGGGUGACCAGGUCACCGUUGGCCAGUGCCGCCCCCUGAGCAAGACUGUCCGAUUCAACGUCCUCCGCGUCCUUCCCCGAACCGGCAAGGCCGUUAAGAAAUUCAGCAAGUUCUAAAUUGGGCUUCCCUUCUGGCAUUUUUGGCGUGAUAAACAUCAGGGGGAAUAGGCUAUUCCCACUGGAGGGUCGGGCACCGGAAGUUGAUGGGCAAUGAUUCUGCUGUAGUUGCAGCCGCAAAUAAAAGGGUUCAUGAAUGCAACUCGAGAUACACAAGGGCACACCAUGGGUGGGCGUUGUCGUUGACAAUCCAAAUGGGUUCCGAUUUAUGGCUGCGUCCGCAUUCUAGCUUGACGUAUUAUGUCUGGGUGACGGUGACCGGCCACCUUGAGUCUGAACUCUCAUCCUUGUGAACUUGGGGAGAGAUGGUUGCAAGCAUACGACGGACCACGACGGAUGCAUUUUGCGAGGCCCAGAGAGAGCACCUCUCAAGACCUGAUUUCCGGGCUAUAAUUCCUUCAUCUGAAUAAGACAGACGAGCAUUGAUCCC